AUGUCUUGUCCGCAAAACUGUCCUAAUGGGAGAUUCUGGCACAAGAAAAACUUGAGGAUUAUAGGUGAUGUCCUGCCUGACGUGCUUUCCCACAACCUCACCGAGAUGUUAAUCAGGGGCUUAAUGAUCUCGCGCGUCUCGAUUGAGGAAGCACAGAAAGAAAAGGAGAAGCAGAAGGAGGAUAAGAACGAAGAGGAAGACGAGAAGGAAAAGGGAGGUGAGGAAGAAGAGGCGAACGAAAAGAAAGAAAAGGAGGAGAAGAAGGAAGAGGAUAAGAAUGACGAUACAGCAAAAGCCCUUGCCUCCCUGUCUACAGCUGCUCAACUGUCACGCAGACAGAGGAGGUCUUGCAACCUCUUCAAUGUCUUAAAUGACGGCAGAGGAAAGUGUCAAGUCACAUUCCGGGAAGUGAAAUUUCGAAGCACUGAGAAAGAAAAAGAGAAGCACAAGGAGGAUAAGAACGAAGAGGAGGACGAGAAGGAACAGGGAGAUGAGGAAGAAAAGGAGAACGAGAAUAAAGAAAAGGAGAAGAAAGAAGAGGAUGAGAAUGACGAUACAGCAAAAGUAGAAAGACACGACAGACAAAGCUACAAGAGAGGAAAGAGAUGA